AUGGAUACAUUGAAAGAUGUUCCGGAGUUUUUCGAAACGCAACUGGAUGAGUCCUUGACUGCUAGAACAGAAAGCUUAGCUUCCUUCCGAGAACUCGGUCCUCCCGACCUUUGUCAUAUCACCAAAGCCAGCGCCAAGCCCGGCGUUAAAGAGGUUGGUUCCUACCAUUAUGUGUCGGGAGUCGAUGCUUCUUCGUCGGCCACUUUGGCGGCAUACCUGAACUCGUUGACUUAUGCACUGGAAGAAACCCAUGCUUGGUUUUCCAAGUCUUCAGCGUGGAGAAUUCGUUCGGGGGUAUAUUGGUAUGCACAGAAUCCAGUAUAUUGCUUCAAUGCAUUCGCACGUGUUGACGUGCGCGUCGAAGUAAAAAUUCCUGGAGGUGUCGAAAGCUAUGUGGUUGAUCUGCGUGGUGAAAGACACGAGGCGACACCAGAAAUUUGGCAGGAAACCUACAUUUCAGCACUUUUACGCUCCAUACUUUACUCGGACGAUGCCAAUUAUAGAUUGGCCGGUUUCCGCAAAAUAGAUCCCAUCCCUAAUAUAGAGGCGGAGGCUCAUUUCUUGGAGGCUGCCGAGAAUCUUUUUUUCAAAGGGUGGCAGCUGGGUUCCGAUCCCGAAAUUCAAGUCGCAACCGUUGUCAGCAAUCACCUGACCGCGGGAAUAAUGAAAUAUUUUAGCGAGAAUUUUCGGUUUGAACACCCAGAGGUCGCCUCGCUAUUGGCUCAAUCAUAUAUUGGAAUGGACGAAGAAAUAAAGGCAGUUAACAUUUUAUAUGACGCCUUGAAACAGAGCCCAAUGAGCUACGCUUUGUUACAUGUUCAAAUUGAUUUCUUACUUUCAAAGGCAAGCAACAUCGGCUAA